GGGAUAGGCGCGCCCGCUGCGCCAGAGUCCCGGGAGCGCGUGCGCGGUCUCGUGGCGGCCGCGGGGGCCGGUCUCGCGCGGUCUCGAGGUGGAGUCGCUGGCGGCGGCGGCGACGGCGGCGACUGGCGAGUAAGAAAGUUAGUCUGAGUUCUGUGAAAAAUCAUAAAAGAACUAAGGAGAGUGGACAAGGACUUUCCAGUUUGCAUAAUGAUCCCAGUUCUUACAGUUUCCCUCAGACUGGUCUCAUUGCCACCCUUCAAUCUAUCCUCUAGUCUUCUACCAGUGUGAUAUUUCUCUAAAAAUUUCCUUCAUGGAUACAUUUUCAUAGCAUUAUUAUGUGAUAUGAGAAGUUUUUUUUUUUGUUUUUUGUUUUUAUUUUUUGUUUUUUUUGGUGAAGUAACAUGGAUUUUAUACUACAGAAUCAAGAGAUUGGCUUUAUAGGAAAAAUUGAUUUAUAAAAAGUGGUACAGGUUUUUAUAAAUAACCAUGACAACAUCCCAUAUGAAUGGGCAUGUUACUGAGGAAUCAGACAACGAAGUAAAAAAUGUUGAUCUUGCAUCACCAGAGGAACAUCAGAAGCACCGAGAGAUGGCUGUUGACUGCCCUGGAGAUUUGGGCACCAGGAUGAUGCCAGUACGUCGAAGUGCACAGUUGGAACGUAUUCGGCAGCAACAGGAGGACAUAAGGCGUAGGCGAGAGGAAGAAGGAAAAAAACAAGAACUUGACCUUAACUCUUCCAUGAGACUUAAGAAAUUAGCCCAAAUUCCUCCCAAAACUGGAAUAGAUAACCCUAUAUUUGAUACAGAGGAAGGAAUUAUCUUAGAAAGUCCUCAUCAUGCUGUGAAAAUAUUAGAAGUGGAAGACUUGUUUUCUUCACUUAAACAUAUCCAACAUACUUUGGUAGAUUCUCAGAGCCAGGAGGAUAUUUCACUGCUUUUACAACUUGUACAAAAUAAAGAUUUCCAGAAUGCAUUUAAGAUACACAACGCUGUCACAGUACACAUGAACAAGGCCAGUCCUCCAUUUCCUCUUAUCUCCAAUGCGCAAGAUCUUGCACAAGAGGUACAAACUGUUCUGAAGCCAAUCCACCAGAAGGAAGGACAAGAAUUAACUGCUUUGCUGAAUGCUCCACAUAUUCAGGCACUUUUACUGGCCCAUGAUAAGGUUGCUGAGCAGGAAAUGCAGCUAGAGCCCAUUACAGAUGAGAGAGUUUAUGAAAGCAUUGGCCAAUAUGGAGGAGAAACUGUAAAAAUAGUUCGUAUAGAAAAGGCUCGAGAUAUUCCAUUGGGUGCUACAGUUCGUAAUGAAAUGGAUUCUGUCAUCAUUAGUCGGAUAGUAAAAGGAGGUGCUGCAGAAAAAAGUGGUCUGUUACAUGAAGGAGAUGAAGUUCUGGAGAUUAAUGGCAUUGAAAUUCGGGGGAAAGAUGUCAAUGAGGUUUUUGACUUGUUGUCUGAUAUGCAUGGUACUUUGACAUUUGUUCUGAUUCCCAGUCAACAGAUCAAGCCGCCUCCUGCCAAGGAAACAGUAAUCCAUGUAAAGGCUCAUUUUGACUAUGACCCCUCAGAUGACCCUUAUGUUCCAUGUCGGGAGUUAGGCCUGUCUUUUCAAAAAGGGGAUAUACUUCAUGUAAUCAGUCAAGAAGAUCCAAAUUGGUGGCAAGCCUACAGGGAAGGGGAUGAAGAUAAUCAGCCUCUGGCUGGGCUGGUUCCAGGGAAAAGCUUUCAGCAGCAAAGGGAAGCCAUGAAGCAAACCAUAGAAGAAGAUAAGGAGCCAGAAAAAUCAGGAAAGCUAUGGUGUGCAAAGAAGAAUAAAAAGAAGAGGAAAAAGGUUUUAUAUAAUGCCAAUAAAAAUGAUGAUUAUGACAAUGAAGAGAUCUUAACUUAUGAGGAAAUGUCACUUUAUCACCAGCCAGCAAAUAGGAAAAGACCUAUCAUUUUGAUUGGUCCACAGAACUGUGGCCAGAAUGAAUUGCGUCAGAGGCUCAUGAACAAAGAGAAAGACCGCUUUGCAUCUGCAGUUCCUCAUACAACUCGCAGUCGGCGAGACCAUGAAGUAGCCGGUAGAGAUUACCACUUUGUUUCACGGCAGGCAUUUGAGGCAGACAUAGCAGCUGGAAAGUUCAUUGAGCAUGGUGAAUUUGAGAAAAAUUUGUAUGGAACCAGCGUAGAUUCUGUACGGCAAGUGAUCAACUCAGGCAAAAUAUGUCUUUUAAGUCUUCGUACACAGUCAUUGAAGACUCUCCGGAACUCGGACUUGAAACCAUAUAUUAUCUUCAUUGCACCCCCUUCACAAGAAAGACUUCGGGCGUUAUUGGCCAAAGAGGGCAAGAAUCCAAAGCCUGAGGAGUUGAGAGAAAUCAUUGAGAAGACUAGAGAGAUGGAGCAGAACAAUGGCCACUACUUUGACACAGCAAUUGUGAACUCAGAUCUUGAUAAAGCCUAUCAGGAAUUGCUUAGGUUGAUAAACAGACUUGAUACUGAGCCUCAGUGGGUGCCAUCCACUUGGCUGAGGUGAAGGAAACAUCCAUUCUGUGGCAUGAUUGGACUUGAUCUGGCAAACUGCCACUAGGAAGAUAGCCCUGAUACUUGAGCAAGUUUCUGAGAAGGUGGCAGGCAGUGUAAACUGUAGACCUGUUCUUAGAUCUUCAACUAGUGAGAAGAAAAUCCCCUUAGGCAAUUUGUCAACAGCUGUCUUUAUUCUCUGUACGUGGCUUUAGAGGUUCUUGCCUCAUUUGGGGAUUUUAAAUGGAAAUUUUCAGCAGAGCCGUUCCAUUGUAUCCAUGUAAAAACCUUUUAAUUCUGUUCUCACCUAACAGGAUUUUUUCUGCCUAGUCAUAUUUCCAUGGAAAGCUUGUGUGUAUAUACACAACGGUCCAUGUCUCACAUAGUAAUAAAUCUUGAUGUUAUUUAACAGUUAACUUAAAUGACUUCAUGGGAAUUUGGGGGCGAGGGGAAACUGCUUCUCUGCACUGGGCAGGACAACAGUAUUUGGUUAGAAGAGUGGUUUAGUCAUCAGAACUACUUAAAAAAAUGGUGCCACUUUGUUCUGGAGCUACUGUUAGGCUUGAGUUCAUUUGUAUGUGUCUUAAUUCUCAAAAACAUUCCAUUAGAAGCACCAGUUUUUUAGCUCAAACUUUGUAGAUCAGACUUCACUGCACACUCUGCAGACUCUGAUCUAAAACAUACAACAUAUGCUGAUCUUUUUGAAGGUAUAAUGAUUUUCUGAAUUUAUUUCUUUAAUUGUCACAACUGAUUUGGUAACUUUUACAUCCUUUUCCUGCAUAGUACAACAGAAUGUAUAAGUUACAUUUUUAUGAAUGGCAGAUAUUCAUAUAAACUGUGUUGACUGUUAAAAAGUUUCUUCCUCAUGAUGCAAAUAAUUUUUUACAUACAUGAGAGGACAUAGCACAUUUGACAGUUUUUGCAUUUUUAUAUAUGAGCACAGGAUAAUUUGAUGACUGUGCUAUACAUAUAGGUAAUAAACUGGAAUUCUGUGAUCACUAUAGCUGCUGUACUGUAUAUUUAAUAGAUUGACAAGUGAUCAUUGAUUACACUUGUUCAGCAUUGGAAUAAAAUUAUAUGAGAGAAAUGAUCUGAUAGCUGACUUUGAGAUCAGAAGGAAGAGAUGACCUGAAAGUCAUUUGAACAUUUUAGGAAAAGAACAUUACACGGGGAAAGUUAAGCAUAUGGAAACAAGUUUUUAUCUUAAUAAGGUCUGCCUCUUAUGACCAGAAUGCAACAAGCUAAAUCAUAAAACAUUUAAGCUAAUGGGAUUUUCAUACUGUCUCUAUAGCUUGUAGCUUUUAAUUCAACUUCUGUAAUGGGCAUGGUAAGUUAAUUUGUAAUCUUUUGAAGGCUUAAGGGAUGGUGUGAUGUGUGACAAACAACCUCAAAUGUGAAUGUCUUGAUUUUAUUUUUAUGAUGACUUUAGCUACAACAAUUCCUGUUCCCAAAGCUAAACACUGGAAAAAUACUGAAUUGUCACUUAAUUUAACAUAAGCAACUUUUUUUUUAAUGAGUAGUUUGUCUGUGUCAUGUAUAUAUUUGAGUUUUUCUCUUUUGCAUAAUAUUAUUUGAACAAAUGUAGACAGUUUAUAUGUUGCCUUCUAUUCAAAUUUGCAUGGCCUCUAAGUUGGCUAUGGAGUAUGUCUUAUGUGGAAAUACUUUAAAGAUAGUGUUCCUUAGGAAGAAAGUAACAUUCCUGGGUUGAGGGAAGGAAUGCCAUACAUACCGUCUCUUCAGGUCUGAAACACUCCAGUUUAUGGCAGGAAAAUGGAAAGGUCACGGUGGUUUUCAGCACUGAAAAACAAAGGACUAAGUACUGAAAAACAAAGGACUAAGACUUAAUGUUUUCAGCUUUCCAGCUUACUUUCUGCUUAGGAAUGAAAGGUAGUCUAUGGUAGACAGCAGAGUUUUAACUGACAACUGUUUUCAACCCUAAGAUCUAAAAUAUUUGCAGUUUGAGAUUUCAGGUGGUGUAAGUGGCUGCUGUGCUAGUUCCCGAGUUAGCCUGCAGACCAUAGGGCCACAGGAGGGGUCAUGUGCUGUGGAGACUCAGGCAUGGCUUUAAAAAGCAAGUCCAAGUCCCAUACGGAGGCACAUGUCAUGCCAUAGUGUACUUCUUAAAAGGGGCAUCAGUGAAGUCCUAUAUAAUUCUCUCCUUCCUCAUCAGGAAUGGUAGAGGGAUAGAAAUAUUUAUGUCCCAAACUUUCCUCAGUCCUAGUGAUAUGGAUGUGCUGAUAUUCAACACAGUCCCUACAAAGUCAAAACUGGGUUGUUGCUGACUUCCUUGAAAGAAAAUGGGAAAAAAAGCCUUGCUCCCCACCUAGCUGUGCUGUACACCGUUCUGGCCAAUUCCAUUUCCCGUCCCUCUGUGGUUCUGAUUGGAGACCCCAGUAUGGGGGAAGUCUUUACCACUCAUAGGAAUGAUACCAAUCACUAAUAAAAUGCAAGUUAGUUCAAAUAAGUAAAUAAUCUUCCUUUACUAAAUUUUCUUAAGUCAGAACAAACAGAAAGGAGAAUAGUGUUUAGAUUAAUCCAGAUUUGCUUUCUAUGAAAAUCUAAUGUCUGGAUUUUUUUCCCUUUUCUUAUGGCCUAAGGAAUAAUUUGAAUGUAAUUUUGUGAAUGUGUAUGGAAAAUAUAAACCAGGGAUUUAGCCUUAAUAAAGGUAACCUUUCUGACAUCUAUUGUUAAUUCUCCUUUGUACUCUUAUCCUGCUUGUAUCUGCACUCUUUUAUUGAGAUGUAAUACUGCACACUAUAAUGUAAAAAUAAAAAGCAAAAUUAUA